CACAGCCUGUGUCGUGUAGAUCGUCCGCAGAACCUCAGCGUGUGUGUGCAAAGAUGAAGGCAGCCCUGCUCGUAACGUUGGCCGUGGUGGCGGCCGCCAGUGCCGAAUGGAUCGACAUCGACUGGUCGCGAGUUAAGCCGAUCGACCAGUUCGAUCACUACUGGCAGCGUCUGCCGGCGGAGCUGCAGUUCCUGCGCCACGCGCGGCCCUCGCAGCGCAUCGUCAACGGGCAGGAGGCGGUGCCCGGCCAGUUCCCGUACCAGAUCGCGCUGCUGAGCAACUUUGCUGCGGGCGGGGGCCUGUGCGGUGGCACCAUCAUCACGAAUACCUUCAUCCUGACGGCCGCGCACUGCGUGGUGGAUGGGGCCGGUGCUCUCGCCACCGAUGGUACGGCCAUCCUGGGCGCCCACAACCGGACCGCCACCGAACCGACCCAGCAGCGCAUCGGCUUCGUGCGCGACGGUGUGUUUGUGCAUCCGAGCUACAGUGCGACGCUGAUCCGGAACGACAUUGCGACGGUGCGCCUGAACUCGCCCGCCGUCUUUAACGAGCGCGUGCAGCCGAUCGAGCUGCCGGCCCGGUCGGACAGCCGUACGUUCGCUGGCAUGAUUGGAACCGCUUCCGGGUUCGGGCGCACGUCGGAUGCGCUGCCGGGCGCGUCGGAUGUGGUCAUGUACACGAGCAACCCGGUCAUGACGAAUGCGGCCUGUGUCAGCGCCUGGAACAUCAUCCUCGUGUCGGACCAGAACGUGUGCCUGGAUGCUACUGGUGGCCGGUCGGUGUGCAACGGUGACUCCGGCGGUCCGCUGACCGUGCAGGACGGGGGCGAAAGUCUGGAGAUCGGUAUCGCUUCGUUCGUGUCGGCGCAGGGUUGCGCCUCGGGCAUACCGUCCGUGUGGGUGCGCAUCUCCUUCUAUCGCGAUUUUAUCGAGCAAAACUCGAACUACGUGUUCCCCUCAACGAUGAAAUCCCUGUUCGUGUUCGCCCUGCUGCUGGUCGCCGUGGCGGCCUACGCGCCCCGCAACAAUCAGCGCGUCUUCGGCGGCGACAUUGCCACCGCCGGCCAGUUCCCCUACACCGUUGGGCUGAUCACGCGCAUCAACAUUCUGCUGACUGGUCAGUGUGCCGGUUCGCUGGUGUCGGCCAACUUCAUCCUUACUGCUGCCCGUUGCGUCUCUGGUAUUCAGAGUGCCGUCGCCGUGCUCGGUGGACUGCGCAUCAAUGAAGCCAACGAACCGGGCGCAGUGCGCAUCACCGUGACCGACUUCAUCAUUCACCCGCAGUACGAGGCGGAACCGGACGUGUUCGACGUUGCUCUGGUGCGCCUGCCGCUCCCGGUGCCGUUCAGCGACAACAUUCGGCCAGUGCGCCUGCCCAACCUGCGCCAGGUGGAGGCCACCUUCAACGGCCAGCAGGCAACCGUGACUGGCUGGGGCCGCUUUGGCGAGGGUACGGCCAACUCGGAGGUGCUGCGUUUCGGUCGCUCCCAGGUCAUCUCGACGCUGGCCUGCCGGCUCAGCCUGCCGACCAACACGAUCCUCGACCAGCACGUGUGCACGGACGGUGCGAACAGCUCGCCGUGCCAGGGCGAUGUCGGUGCCCCGCUGACGAUCGUGGACGCGGACGGCAUCACCACCCAGAUCGGUGUGUUCUCGUUCAUCUCGAUCCUGGGCUGCGAGUCGGGCCGUGCCGCGGUGCACACGCGCAUGUCCUCCUAUCUAACCUGGAUCGGCGACAACUCGGACGUCGAAAUUCGCGAUAACUUCUAAUCCAACCGCCUAUAAACGAUAACAAACAACAAAAAAAAACACUACACGGUUGACAAAUAAACACGAAACCGACGGGACUAUCUUAUCGUAA